AUAGAUAAAGGAGGUCGGGGAGGUAUUGUGAUAAACACAGGCAGCAACGUCAGUCUGAACCCGUACGUCAGUGUCCCAAUUUAUUCAGCAACCAAGGCGGCGAUUGUCAGCUUGACCCGAGCUUUUGGUGACAAGUAUCACGUGGACUUGACUGGCGUGAAGGUGAUGUCUUUGUGUCCCAGCGCGACUGACAGCAAUCUUGUCCGCGAUGUUGGAAAGCAAUUGCUUAGUCCCAGAUACGAGGACGCUUGGCGACGUGACACCGCCUCUUGCAUCCCUCAGAAAGCCGAACAUGUGAGUAAAGCACUGGUACACGUGCUGGCAAACGGAAAAAGCGGAAGCGUCUGGCUGGUAGAAAAUGGACAGCCAGUGCGCGAAGUAGUCUUCCCGAAGCACUAG